AUGGCCUCCUAUGCAAUCUAUCUUGUCCCAAGAGACGAAUCAUUGAAUCGAGCUAUCGUUUCGUUUCCUCAGGCCAAGAAACAUGUGGAUGCAGUACAGAAGAAGAAGCAUCGGGGAGGAAUCUUGCACAUGACACUGACGAGUUUUGCACGUAUCAAAGGCAUCCCUUCACAGGGAGCUCGAAGCAACAGAGAGCUACACAAGGGAGAUAUAUUCAAUGCCAUUGAAAGGCUCUCUGUCAUUGCAGCAGACAACAAAGAAUUUCAUAUCAGCGCGGAAUUUUGGAAUGAUGGAAGAAUAGGACGACGAAACCCAGAUCUCUUUAUCUUUGAUCUCGGCGCUACUACAUGUAGUAGUACCACCGAGCCAUCCUCCAGUUUGAAGAAGCUUGGAAAAAUGUUGAAUGCUUUGAAUGACUUGGACAGUUUUACAGGGGCCAAAACCAAAGUUACUCAGCUACAUGUAUCUUUCUUGCAAGAGUCCAAUCCACAACAGGAUCUGAAAGAGAUGAAACAGUUCUUGGCACUGUUAAAGUGGGAUAUUGCCGUUGCCAGAAUAUCCAGUGACAGUGACAAAGGUGAAGACCUCGAAAUUAUCAAGAUAGCGAAGCUUGGAAUAUGACGUCAAAUCUAAGAGGGGAUAUGUAGGAGGUAGCCACCCUCCAGCCGCUAGCUGCAACACGAACGAUACGACUUGGCAAGAUUCCUUGCACUAUGAAUUGAGCCAUACUCCCUUACCUCCUCUUGAGUCAAUUGCUAUAGUUGCUAGCUUGCUGGCUUGCUGGCGAAGAAAGCCACAGGUAGGCUGUAUAAGAUAUAUUUAUGUAAUCUUUUACACGUACCUGGUACUGUCUAGCUAUCUAGUCAUCCUGUUUUUAUGCAUCAAAUGAACAGAGGCGGUAAGCGCUGUCUUCAUCUCGGCUUCCCAAGUCAAUCUCCUUCCCUCGACUCCUUAAUCUUGUUUUCUUGCCAUGUUGACUUGCACUUCGGGCGGGUAUUUCAGGCAAGCAAUGCGGUCUUUGGUAUCCAUUUCGGCGACAGCCGCAUCAGAGGCCAAUCCUUCCACCUCACCUGCUCGACGUUCUGUUGAAACCCGCAAAAGCUGGCGGCGACGAUCACAGCAUGGGCAGUGGCUGCAAUACCAGAGCAAUCCGUUAUUGCACAGGAUCUGCUCGUCGCAAAGACCCAGAGCUCGUUUACCAUCGUUACGGUGUUCAGCGCUAUUCCCACCGUUCCCGUUGUUGCUUGGAGCGGACAACCAAUUCCCACUGUUUCCAGCGGAGUGCAAGCCAACAGCUCGCAAAGCAGCCGCAGAAAUCUCACUGAUUUCGGUUUCUUCGGUUUCGCUGCAUACGCCAUUCCUUUCAGCGAGUUUGUAGUUGACAGCAAUAUCGUACACUUCAGCAGUGGCACAACCAAGUGCCCAGAAAAGAAAGAAGAGGACGAGCUUCAUCAUUUUCUGGUGUGUUGUUGAGGCUUUGCAAGUAUUAGUGUCUAUGGUCGUGUGGAAGCUUUGCUUUUAGUUUUGUGAGAAACCAGAGCGAAAGAUUGGAGGGAAGUAUGGUAUGAUACGGAGGCUUCGCUUUGUUGACAGGUGACCAGUGACAGUCACAAUGAACCUGCAACCAAGAUAUUACACGAAACUGGGUUACUAGAAAAAGGACCCUUAA